UCAGGGGCGGGUCGAAGAGCCUGAUGCCCAAUUGUGUGGCUCGCCCGAAGUCGAGCCGGGCUCUUCUGAUUGGCUGGCGCGCUUUCUCCAUUCAAGGACCGCCUCCCACCUCCGUGCUGCGGACACAUCAUGGCCCUGAGAGCGUGUGGCUUGAUCAUCUUCCGAAGACACCUUAUUCCCAAGGUGGACAACAGUACAAUUGAAUUUCUGCUGCUGCAGGCAUCAAAUGGCAUUCAUCACUGGACUCCUCCCAAAGGCCAUGUGGACCCUGGAGAGACUGACUUGGAAACAGCCCUUCGAGAGACUCAGGAGGAAACAGGCAUAGAAGCAAGCCAACUGACCAUCAUCGAGGGCUUCAGAAAGGAGCUCAACUAUGUGGCCUGGGAGAAGCCUAAAACAGUCAUUUACUGGCUGGCAGAGGUGAAAGACUACAAUGUAGAGAUCUGCCUCUCCCAGGAGCAUCAAGCCUACCGCUGGCUAGGGCUGGAAGACGCCUGCCAGUUGGCUCAGUUCAAUGAGAUGAAGGCAACGCUCCAAGAAGGACACCAGUUCCUCUGCUCCACACCGGUGUGAGCUGACCAGAGCACAUGCUGCCAUUGCAUCCUUGAGGGUCUUCUGAGAUGAACCCACCUCCCAUCCAGGGGAGGAUGUGCUGUCUUUGGUUGCUACAGCCCAGAGCAGAUAGGUUGGUGAAAUUAAAAUUAGUUCAACACUCUCAGGUGAGAGCGAAGAAGCCCUGGAUUCAAUCCCUAGCAUAGAAAAUAAUUACUUUUAAAAUAAGAGUAAGCAAGAAUUUUAGCUAAGUUAAAAAGCAAAGGAGGGGUAAAAUUUUUAAAAUGCCAGCCCCAGUAACUGUAUCCUUGUAUUUGAUAAAUAAACUUCAAACAGCUUACAUGCCUUUUAA